AAACUGUCGAUGUGAUGUAAUGGCUGCUUCGAGUUGUGAAAGCAGUCUUGCUCCCAUCGACUUCCAAAUAGAUUCGUCCUGCGAAAGUUCCGAGGAGAUUCGAGUGGCGGUAGAGCGAUGUCCGUUGUGCAUGUCAACCAAGCGUCCGUUUUACUGCACCGUCUGUGUCAAUGAUGGAGUAUUUGAACACUCAACUUCACAGUUUCCAGAGCGAUUCACACAAAAGAAAGAAAAAUGGGAUUUGCAGGAAAAGGAAAAGUUUAAAUUGCAAGAAAGGAUUGAAAAAUCAGUUCGUGCUCAACAUAAUAAGGCAAAAAAGCAAGCAGAAAUUGAUGAAUGUAGGAGGAAAGUGGACAUGUUGAAAUGCUACAUCAGUACCUUAAAAACACAUGCUCAACAGGACAAGAAGCGUAUUGAGAAAGCAAAAAAUGAAAAUGCCCUUAAACGUCGUAAUACGGCCCGUCAUGGUGACAAGAUGGCUAAGAUCAAGAUGUUCAUUGACAGUAUCACCAGCAUCGCUGUCAAGAGAGACAGUGAUCGGACGGCAGUCCAGAACAGCUUGGCCGAAAAGAGACGAUUUCUCGUUGAUGUGCUGGUUCAGUUUAUAUUCCCCAUAGAGGAAAUACAGCCAAGAAGUGAGACUGAGAGCAUCAACCUGAGUACGGAGAGCGCCCUGCAGGAGGCGUGCCACACCACGUUCGUGCACGGCCACUGGGUCUACACCGACAUGGUGGGGGACACUGGUCACCGCAUCGUGGAGCAUGCAACGCUGCCGGGCAACGGCGACUAUACCGCGUACAACAUCUGGGCGGCUGAAAACCGUGAGAAUGGUUCCGCACCGGAGCACGAGUCCGGUCAGCGUAACGCUGGACACACGAUCAGCGCCGCGCUCUGCUACACGGCUCAACUCGUGUCGGUGCUCAUCUACAUACUGGACGUCAGUCUACCCAGGAAACUCUGUUACAGCGAAUUCUGCCUGGACGACCUGACAGAGAAGCAGCUGUCGAGUGCCGUCUCUCGCUUGAACCAUAAUAUACUUCACCUGUGUUUCUCACAGAAUGUCAGUCCACGACACCUCGUUCCACGUCAUUCUCUGCACAACAUAAUGGUGCUGCUCAGAUCAUCCGAAUUAGGCAGACUACACGCGUUUGAAGUUAACGAGACUCUCAUUCAGUCCAUCACGGAUGGCAGCUUGUCGUCGGAGAGCGACGAUGAACACAUGAUCACCGAGGACGAACUGGACCUAGACUGGGAGCGGGUGGCCAGUGACUACCCCAUGUCCACCGUCUACACCGUCGCUCACUCCGGGUUCGUCAACACCACCACAACGCAUUCCAACUCUGAGGGCUUGAUCACAUCGGCAGCUGCCUCCGUGGCAUCGUUUUGGAGGGCAGCUACUAGCCACUUCGAAAGAAGAUGAUGGAUUUUUUUUUUUUGUUUUUUUUUUUAAAACAAAGCAAGCAGACUGUGAUUUUUUAAAUUUAUUUUAUAUUUGCAAUAUUUUUAUGCAUUGGAAUCUAGACAUUUUCAUUAAAUCUAGAUGGA